AUGCCAAACGCGCUGACCGACCCUUUCUAUAUUAGCAGCAUUGACCCGAAUUUCGUUGCUUUGGCUCAACAGGCCGUGCAAAGCAUGAGCCUUAAUGCCCAGGCAGCUACGUUUCCCGCAGGUUCGAGAUUUUCAAGAAAUUAAAAGUUAAUGAAAAUGGUUUUUUUUUUCACGAAAAACAAAUUUUCGCUACCAAAAAAGCCGAUUCGAACACAUUGUGGAACUCUAACUGGUUGGAAAGAAAAUAAGUUUCAUUUCAGCAUCGAGUUUUUUUUUCUUCAAAAAACACAAGCGAGAAGUCUGAAGUCUAACGAUUUUAUCACGAGUAUACUUCUGCGAAAUUCGAUCGAGAUGCGAUGAGCUUGAGGUGUACCGUCAAGUUCAGAGUAACCUCCUAACUUGUUUGCACAUAGGCGAAUCGAGAGGGUACCAUAAUGUGUCCAAAAAGGCACCUCUAAAAAUGGUUGUCCAUCGUGAGAUCUCCAUCAUACCUUUUAGCUAUAUCUGAGCCAUCUCAGAGGUAUUUGAGAGUUUCCCUCAAGUUUGUCUCAUUUUCCUCGAAGUCCUCAGAGGUAUACUCGAGGUACCAUCGUGAGACUUCAGAGCCUGAGAUAUACCUCUCGCGAUACUCUUUUUUUAUAAAGACACUGGUAGAGCGUGCGCUUCAUACCCCAUGGGUGGCCCUGUUCAUUUUUUUUUUUGCAUUUUUUUAUUUAUUUUCUUAUACAGUCUUUAAGGAUUUCCGAUCCCCGCUAUUCCACAACUAUUCGUGCCGCCGAGCACUAUAAUCUCGGCUCCAACGCCGGCACAGACGCCACUGUUCGACAUGUCGCUGCCGCCGGAGAACGAGACGAUCGAAGCUGGCUCAGGAUCACUCACCUCGAGCACCAGGACCAAGGAUGAGGUGGGGCUCUUUGAAAAAAAAUAAACAAAAGAACUCCGCCUGGUUUCCAGAGAAAUCCCUCGUUCUCCCAAAGAAGGUCGGCCAGCUGGGAGACUAUGACGGACGAUGAGCGCGAGAUGGUUCAAAGACAGAAGCGGUUCGGGUUCAGAUAAUUUUUGUGAAACUUUAGCGUAGCUUGAAAUCGAUAUUCGGGCUGUUUAAAUAUUUUAAGACUUGAUGAAGUGGCUAUUUGGAAAAUAGGUGCUACGACAAGAGCGAGUUUUCCAUUUGCGAGCAGUACUGUAUGCGGCAAAGCGCAUUGCGUGCAUGCACUCUGCGUGUUUACACUUUUGUGGCGUGACGUCAUCGCGCCGUACAUCUGCGGGGUUUUUUUGCUUGCGGGUUUUUUCGGAUUUUUUUGAAUUUUUUUCCGGCUUAUUUGUUUUUCGAAACAAAAAAAGAAAACUUUUUUUAUUGAUGAAAACUCUGUUUGUCAAAGGGGGCAGCUUAGGAAAAUGUUUCUUUAUAGAUAGCUAUUAGGUCAACUCCACAAAUAUAGAAAAAAAAAGAAGUAAGCUAAUAUUGAUAUUUCAAAGAGGAAAAAUAUCAAACAAUUGCAUCAUAACAAAUACCAGUAAUUGAAAUAAGUUAUAUCAAAAAAAAUAAGAAAAAUAAGAAAAAUAACAAUUUUUUUACAGAAAAAAAUCAUAUCAAACAAAAAGUCAUUUUUCCCAGAAAAUCUUCAAGAUAUUUUUAAAUUACAUUGAAAGAUUUGAAGGGAGUUGUCAGAAAUUUUACGAAAAUUGGAUUUUAGUACAACACCGGUGUUGAGGGUGGAGGAGCAGGGACAUCUUUUUUCGCCAAAACUUCCUUUGCGAUUUCUUGUUGCUUUAAAAUUGAGUCGAAAACAAUGUCGUUAACAUAAUCGAGCCUUCUUAUGAGGUAAAUCGAGCCUUCUUAUGAGGUAAAAAAAAAGUUUUCUUUUUGUUUCGAAAAUAUUCGCACAAUCAAAACCAAACCGGAAAAAAAAAUCCAAAAAAAAAAUUCCGAAAAAAACAUUGAAAAAAAAUACCCGCAAGCAAAAAACCCGCAGAUGUACGGCGCGAUGACGUCACGCCACAAAAGUGUAAACACGCAGAGUGCAUGCACGCAAUGCGCUUUACCGCAUACAGUACUGCUCGCAAAUGGAAAACUCGCUCUUGUCGUAGCACCGGAAAAUAAAAUUGGAAGACUGAGUGAAGUCAGCGUUUGAAAUGGAAGGAAAAGAACCAAUUCAGAAAGGAAGAGGCUUACAAAACGGCUCUCUGUGAUGCCUACAAAAGAGCAGACGCGUGUCCCUACGGAGAAUCUUGCCGUUUUGCUCACGGAGAAAAUGAGCUUCGUAUGCCUUCUCAGGUGAUUCUCAGCUGGAAACAACUGGUAAUCUAAGAUUUCUAGGAGCCAAUAAAGUGUUUAUUUGUUUUCAAAAAAAAAUUAGAAUUUUAUCCAGACUAAGAUAGGAAAUUAAUUUUUUUUUUUUGAGAAAAAGUUUGGAAAUCUCGGGUCAUAACCAUGACGUUUGAAACUGUCCCCGCCCAAAAUGAAAGAAUAUUUUCUUGUUUUUAGCCCCGUGGAAAAGCUCACCCGAAGUACAAGACGCAGUUGUGCGACAAAUUUUCCAAUUACGGCCAAUGUCCUUAUGGACCCCGUUGUCAGUUCAUCCACAAGCUGAAGAAGGUUUUUCAGCUAUGAAAAGGUUACAAAUCGAAUGGAGAAUAUUAUUUCAGGGUUACCCUUUGAUGGAGUACAACCGGCUACUGGAACAAGGCAGAAUUUCGCCGGCUCGUGACGACGAAAUCACAAAUCCAGAAGAUUUUGAACCUCGUCAUGGAAGUUUUAAGCGAUUUUUCCCGUCGGACUUUGACCACAGGGACAGGUCAUCUUUUGAGAAAUUUUCGUCAGGUGUUAUGAAAUUUGAAAAAGAAUUAUACACCGCGUAACAAAGAUUUGGCUCAUGUGGCGGUAUCGAAAUUGCAAAAAUAACUUCGAACCCUUUAAAACAAAAAUAAGAAAAAAAUUUUAACUCUCCAAUAGUUCAAAUUCAAAACAAAGAUCAAAACCCCAAUAGUUUUGCCACUGCCAUUUUUUCCAUCUCAAAAAUUUUCUAUGAGGAUUUAUUAUUUUUCAAAUCCAGCAGGUAGCCAUGACCUAAGCCAUGACCAGUUUGCAAAAAAAUUUCGAUGAGUCAUUUUUUUCUUGCUGGAUAGUCAAAAAGCGUCGUUUUUCGAUAGUUUUUUUAAAUUUCGAAUAAAAAAACGAUUAAGCUUGUACUUGGAUUUCUACAGCUGUUAUAAGUUAUCAUAAAUACUCUUAACUGUUUACUCUACAUCACUAAGUCGACACUGCGAAACACUGCGAAAUUGAAAAAAUCACGCUUUAGACCUGUAUCGAGCUUUUUUAAAAAUACUUUUCUUGCCAAAAAAAUCGGAGCAAUCUCAAAAAGGGCUUCGAAAGUUUCAAAGCCCCGAUUAUUUCAGAAUUUGAUAUUAUCAACUGAGUAAUUUGUUUUUUUUUUCCGAUGUCACAUGGAUGACUACAAUGUAAUGAUUUUAUUUUUUGAGCAGAAUUAUAAAAUCUAAGCGAAGAUAGGAUCAUUUCAAAUCGAACAGUAAAGACCGCGAUAACUUUCUGCUUUCGAAUAUAAUUGUUUAUCAUUUCAGUUUUAGACGCGACUCACUCGAUAGAGAACUCUACCGAGGCGGCUCGAGAGUCCGUCGGAGCUCCUCCAGCUCUCAACACGAGCAAGAACCUGCUGAGAAGAGCAAAUCCAAGGAAAGAGCUAUUUAUCCGGCGAUGAAGGUUUCUCGUUUUUUCAGUUGAAAGAAACCUUUCAUUUUCCAGGUGAUUAACAUUGAAAAGGCCAACUAUGUCAAUGAUCGACCGGCUCGACGAGAGCGUAAGAAUUGAAAGAAGAAAUGGGAACAAUAAAACUGAAACUUAAGACACUGCGCGACGUCUUUCGAUGUCACCGGUUCAAAGUCGGGAGAGUUCCACCCACAGACGCCGUACCCAUACUACUAAUACACAUCCUGACGAAUUUGAAGUGCGUAAGCCUUUGGAAAAACGCUGUUAUGAAAAUGAAAAAUAUGAAAAUUCGUCUAUUUUCAAAUUAAUCAAAGUAUGAGCAAAUUGAUCAAUUUUUUUAAAAUUUUUUUCAAUGCAACACAGUAAAUUAAAAUAUAAUUCUAAAAAGUGAAAGUUUGAUAUAAUUUGCUCUCAGGAACUGAACGCUGAUUUCCCAUAAAAAUGAAAAGAAAAUUCCAAGUGAAAGUUCUGUUUUUCAAAUUCCAGUGCGUCAGAAUUUUUAUGGAUACUGCAACGAGAGGAGACGCGAAAAAUAUUAAAUUUGAACCUUUUUAAUUAGAAAUAGAUGAAAAAAAUACAAAUAUAUAAAAGGGAGCGCGCAACAGGUGCCUUCUGGCAACAAAAGUGCCUUGGUCAUGUGGUAAUAAGUCGAAUUUGUUUGAUGUUUUUGGUUUUCAACUUUUGUUUGCGAUUUCCAGGAAAAUUUCCAACCGUUCCGAGCGCUCAGCGGAUCCAGAAUCUUGAAUUUCGACAGUUUGACGCAGCCGAUGAGUCAGAAGGCGGCUGAAGCUGCGACGACGCCGGCCGAACGUCGUCAGAAGAAGCUUCCGGAGUUGUCGUUGAUCCGUGAGGAGCCAGAAGACACGUCGAUCGCUCCGCAACUUCAUCACAGCGAAGGGUUUCCUUAGAAUCAGAGGAGAUGUGCAGACGUCCAUUGGAGCUUCAGAAAGGAGGACGUCAAAGAGCGGGCCCAGUGGUUCGAGCAGAUCUUCGGCAAGAAAAUGGCGGUCAUCAACGAAGUUGAAUCUGACGAAAGUAAGGUCUGUUUCGAGAUUUGUAGGAUUAAUAUCCGGGAUUUCUUAGAUUUUCCGCGUAAUGAAGCUAGGUUUUAUUUCAGAUACAAACCUAGCUUUGUAGGGAGUGGUUCUCAUUUUGAACGAAUAAAUCAGAUCAAUGUGAUUUUAAAAAGUACCUAAUGACAAACACAUGCAUGAGAGUUUCAAAAACUGCGGAUGAAACAGUAAAACAACUUGAAAAAUUUAUAAUCUAAAAAUCCUAAUUUCAAUAAAUCUUUCCAGUUUCCACAGAAUCUAAAACAUACAUGGAAUGAGUGAGCCUGGCGUCUGCCAAUUCCCCCAAUGCCAGUGAAAAAUAAUAAAUUUCAAAAAAAUAACGCGGUUACUUUCGCAUUUAAAUUUCCAACUGACUCUCUCGCGUUUUCAUCAACUCGAAUUGAGUUUUUUACAUGUUUCUAGACUAAAUCGACUAUGCUGAAUCCGAAAAUCACAAUAAUUUUUCGAUUUGAUGAAAAACUUUUUUUUCUCGUAAGCCAAAAGAAGCGAAGAUCACACGAUCGCUUGUGGACAGCGAUACAACGUUUUCGAUUAUAUGUCCCGAUGUGGACAAGAGGCUAAACACCUAAAAAAAUUUUUUUGAACUUUUUUUGUCAAGUCCCCCUCCCCCUCCUUCCAAAUUUUUUUGUCAAGUCCCUCCUCCAGUUUGCGGCCGAACCGAGGUUAUCCCAAGUAUGAUCUAAAAAAAUUUUUUUAAGGAAAAAUCCUUCUAUCAUUUUUUUAUCACUGAAAAAAAUUUUUCAGCCACUUGAAUAUAACUUUUUUUAAUUAAAUCAUUUUAUAGACCGUGGAAAUUUUUUGCGCGUUGAGUUUAUGAAACAGAUCAGCUUAUGUUAGUUUUAUUCGUGAUGGGGUUUAUCGAAAUUUAUUGCUGAAAAUUGAACUUUCUGCGUGUUGAGAUUUGAGUUUUUUUUUUUCAAGUCUAGAAGUUGUAUCAUAUCUUGCUAUAUCUGCUCUUGGCUUAUUUUCCCACACUUUCAGUUUCUUUUAUUUCAAUGUUUAAAUUGAAGGACAGCUACCACAGCGACGUCGACUCGGCGACCCGCGAAAUGUCGAUACAGUCAUGCGACGAAGAGCUUUUAGCCCAGGGUCGUUAUGAUCACAGGUAUAACUUUUAAUUAACCACUUAUUUCUGUCGACAAAACGGCUCUUAUAGUCAAUUUUUUGCGACUUGAUGCCGUGUUCAAAUCAAUUUUCGCAAAAAUCAAAAUCUUCACUGAAUCUCCAAAAUUUAGUUUCUUUUCAAUCUUUUUCUUUCUCGGACGGCUAUUUUGAAUUUCACUUUGUUUCACUUCAAUAUCACGGAAUCACUUUGAACACGGCAUGAGAGACGAAGGAGGCGGGACGCGUAGCGUGAGCGAAUGCGUUUUUUGGCACGGGUUCAAUUCAACCGCCAGCGACAUAUUGAAGAGCUAUAGCAAGUGACCAUUUUCAGAAUAGUUACACAAAAAUUCAUCAAAACACUUUCCUCGAGCUUUUUCUGUAACGGGCGAAUAGGAAAUGAGGAAAGACCCAUAAAAAAAUUUUUCUCCAGGAAAGGAACUAAUUUUCAAUUUUUAUGUCGUUUCUUAGUGUUCAGCUUUUAAUCUGUGUUCUAAUUGGUUUUGAUCACGGAGAAAAAAUGUCACCGUUCACCAGAGUUGUUCUCAUUUCAAACGAAUAAAUUAAAUCAAUGUGAUUUUAAAAAGUACCUAAUGAUAAAAACAUGCACGGGAGUUCCAAAAACUGAGAUUGAAACAGUAAACCAAUUUUUAAAAAAUUCAAAAUAUUAGGUUGUUCAGAAAGUUCUUGCGGUUUCUGAUACUCUUUCUUGAAAGAGUUUUUUUAACUAGAUUUCGGACUGGCCUGAUGAAGUUAUAUAAUAUUUUUGAAGCUCGUGGCAUGUUUUAUUUUUUAAGUGUAAUCGGUUCAUUUAAAACCGAAUCGUGUAAAUUUUCUGUAAUUUAGAAAAAAAAAACGGUUAACAACAGCGAUUAUAAUGGUUUCUUUAAUUCGCUCUCACUGGGUUCUAAACGUUGAAAUCAUUCGAGAUUUUAACCGUUUGUUUUGCACAAAAAAAUCUUUCACAAAUGCAAUAUGGUUGAUGAUGAAAAAAAAAAUUUGACUGAGAAUACAGAAGCUGGUAUAAGCUCGGCAACUUAAGACAGUCAUUUCUGAGCUUUACUUCUACUGGGCGUCCUGUUAACUUUGCGAAAAACUUUUUGUUGUUGCUUGAAAGGAUGUACAGAUAAUAAAAAAAAUUCUGACCAGAGAAGUUUUUUAGAAAUCAGAAAAGCUCAGCGAAUGUGUACCUCAAAAAUGUAACUGAAAUCAUAACCUUUUGUCGUUCUUUUCGCCUUCUUAAAUAGAAAAUUUGACUCAAAUGUUUCAAUAGAACAUGAUUUUUUGAAACGCGAUAAUAAGAAAGACGUCUACAACGAUUUUUGAGCUUUUUCUUACUGAAUAGUCAAAAGCGGCGUUUUCGAUAGUUUAUAUGAAUUAGAUCUCAUUUUUGAAAAAUGUAAGAUUAUGGUGCCUUUUAAAAAAAUAUUUAAUAGUAAAAAAAUAUGUACAGCAGUGUGAAAAAAAGUGAGAUUGAAACAGCGAACUAAUGGGGACUAAUAAUUUUUGAAAAAAAUACUUUUUCUUCGUUUUUUUCAAAAGCUAAAAAUAACAGGAGGCCUAUUUUUUUGUAUUUUUUUCUUUUGAAACAGUCUUUCUUUAAAUUUAUUCUUUAUGUUGAUUUGGUUUGAGAAAAAAAUUAAUAAUAGAAAUAUUAAGAAAAGUUGAAUUUAAAGACCUUUUCUCGCAACUUGAAGGCAAAGUCGCAAACAAAUAUUAAUAUUGACCGUCAAUUGUUUGAUUUAUCAUCUUAUUCAGAUAUCCGGACCCACCAAACUUCGAUGACUGGAAACCAAGAUCGCAAUUCGGAAAUCGUCACUGA